AUGGCUUAUGAUAGAUAUGUUGCUAUAUGUAAUCCACUGAAUUAUGUGAAAGAAAUGAACAGGGAGGCUUGUUUGAAAAUGGCCACCAGUGCAUGGAUCUUUGGGUUUUUUGAUGCAUCACUAAACACAGCUUGCACUUUUACUAUCCCAUUCUGUUCCAACAAAAUCAACCAAUUCUUCUGUGAAAUCCCACAGAUCCUGAAACUUUCAUGUUCCAGUUCCUCCUAUCUUACUGAACUUGGGCCCCUCAUAUUUACUGUGUUAAUAUGUGUAAGCUGCUUUAGUUUCACAGUUACUUCUUAUGUGUACAUCUUUAGAGCUGUUUUUAUUAUUCCUUCUGUGGAAGGAAAGAAAAAAGCCUUUUCAACUUGUCUGCCCCAUUUGGCUGUGCUUUGCUUAUUCUACUUUACUGGAGUCUAUGCUUGUUUGGGAACAAUGUUCAGAACCUCAUCAGGCUUAGAUCUGCUACUUGCAGUGUUGUACUCAAUGGUCCCUCCUUUCAUGAACCCUAUCAUUUACAGUAUGAGAAACAAAGAGAUCACAACAGCACUUUGGAAGCUUCCACAAAAAACAAGAAAUAUGAUUUCAGUUUAG